AUGGAUAAUAACACAAAUUUUUACUUCAUGUUGUUUGAAAAUCUUGGGCAUUUAAGAUAUGCUUUGUUCAGUUUGGGGUUUGUUUUAUACAGUGUGAUCAUAAUCCUAAACGUCCUUAUUAUUCUUGCAAUAUGUUUGGAAAGGACAUUACACCAGCCCAUGUACAUUCUGAUUUCAUGUUUGUCCAUUAACUCUGUAUAUGGUACAUCUGCCUUUUUUCCAAGGGUACUGACAGACUUGCUGUCUGAUACACAUUCAGUCUCCCGUGCUGCUUGUCUUUUACAGGCUUCUGUCAUCUUCUCAUAUGCAGCAAAUGAGUUCACAACAUUAAUGUUAAUGGCAUUUGAUAGAUUUGUUGCAAUCAGUAAACCUUUACAUUACCAUAACAUAAUUACUUCUAGGUUUCUAAUUCUUUUAAUUGUUGUAAACUGGAUUUAUCCACUGCUUUGUCUUGGUAUUGGUGCCAUUUUAACUGCCAAACUGACAAUGUGUGAUAACAAAUUGUGGAAAGUUUACUGUCACAACUACGAAAUUGUCAAACUCUCUUGUAUGAAUUCUAUUCUUUUGAAUAUUUGGGGCUUUUUGAUUCUUUUUAUAAAUGCGGUUAUUCCUUUAAUUUUAAUUUUAUAUUCGUACAUUAAAAUUCUUAUCAUUUGUCAAAGAAGCUCCUCAAAAUUCAAGAGGAAAGCUUAUAAAACUUGUAUUCCACACUUGGUUAUUCUUUUAAAUUUUUCAAUUGCCAUUGUUACUGAAGUCACCUUGAGUCGGAUUGUGAAUUUACACAUUCCUAAAUGGCUGUCAGUUGCUCUUUCAUUGGAGUUUAUAAUUGUACCACCCAUCCUCAACCCACUUAUUUAUGCUUUAAAUUUCACCAAUAUUCGGAGAAGAAUUAUUCUUCUCCUAAAGGCAUCCAGGUAG